ACGCGACCGGAUAUGCCGUGCCACCCAAAGGAUUGUGGGAAGUGUGGCUCAAAGUGUCCUUGUGCUCUCAGUUUCACCUCCCAACCUGCCAAAAUGUACAGACAGCUUCUGGGUCUUCGGCAGCUCUCCAAGCGGACCAUCAGCAGCAGUGCCCGCAGACAGCUUGACAACACGGUCAAGCAGAAACAAAAAAUGUUUCAGGAGGAUAACGGCAUGCCCAUCCACCUGAAGGGCGGCUCAAAGGACGCUCUUCUGUACAGAGCUACAAUGACUCUCACAAUUUUUGGCAGUGGAUAUGUUGUAUAUGAGCUCUUCAGUGCAGCGAUGCCCAGGAAGCCAUAGAUAGUGAACCAUCCUCGGCAAAUUGGACUUUAUUUUCAUUGUCUGAUGAAGCCACAUGUAAUACAUAAACUCGCUUCUCUGUUGUGCAGAUUAAUAAUCUGGGAGAUUAUUUGUCCUAUCAAUAAUGUCUAUAUGUUUCAUGUUUGGGAUCAUUAUUUAUUGAUUGUACAAUUAAUGAGCCCUCCAUAAUAAAAAAUAAAAUAAAACAAAAAAAACAGA